UUGUAUUCUUAUAUUCUCCUUGAAUUGUUGGUUCAGUUCUUUGUGCAUAUUUCUAUUUAACUGUCCAAAUACAAGCACAUGUCUUAGUGACAGAAAAUGAACUUGUGAUGAAAAGUUAAGUAGGAUGGGAAAAAUGAUGGAUUUUUCUAAAUAGGAUGAAACGAGGAGGAGGAGGAGAUAGUGGCCAUGACUCACCUGAAGAAGGCCCUGCAGGGAAACCUAAGAGACUGAGGACCGCACAUGAGUGCGCUCGGCCUUGUGACUGGGGCAACCUUCUGCAGGACAUCGUUCUCCACGUGUUUAAGUAUUUGCCUCUUCUUGAUCGGGCUCACGCUUCCCAAGUGUGCCGGAAUUGGAAUCAGGUCUUUCACAUGCCUGACCUGUGGAGAUGUUUUGAGUUUGAACUGAAUCAGCCAGCUACAUCUUACUUGAAAGCUACACAUCCAGAGCUGAUCAAACAGAUUAUUAAAAGGCAUUCAAAUCACCUACAGUAUGUCAGCUUCAAGGUGGACAGCAGCAAAGAAUCCGCUGAAGCAGCUUGUGAUAUAUUAUCGCAGCUUGUGAAUUGCUCUUUAAAAACACUUGGACUUAUUUCAACUGCUCGGCCAAGCUUUAUGGAUCUACCAAAGUCUCAUUUUAUCUCUGCACUGACAGUUGUGUUUGUAAACUCCAAAUCCCUGUCCUCACUUAAGAUAGACGACACCCCGGUAGAUGAUCCAUCCCUUAAAGUGCUAGUGGCCAACAACAGUGACACACUCAAGCUGCUAAAAAUGAGCAGCUGUCCGCAUGUCUCUCCAGCAGGUAUUCUGUGCGUGGCUGACCAGUGCCAUGGCUUACGAGAACUGGCCCUCAACUACCAUUUACUGAGUGAUGAGUUGUUGCUCGCACUGUCCUCUGAAAAGCACGUUCGCCUAGAACACUUGCGUAUUGACGUGGUCAGUGAGAACCCUGGACAGACACACUUCCACACACUUCAGAAGAGCAGCUGGGAUGCCUUUAUCAAACACUCGCCCAAAGUCAACCUAGUGAUGUAUUUUUUUUUAUACGAAGAGGAAUUUGACCCAUUCUUUCGUUAUGAAAUUCCCGCCACUCAUCUUUACUUUGGGAGAUCAGUAAGCAAAGAUGUGCUUGGCCGCGUGGGCAUGACCUGCCCAAGACUAGUAGAACUGGUGGUGUGUGCCAAUGGGUUACGGCCCCUGGAUGAAGAGUUAAUUCGCAUUGCAGAACGUUGCAAGAAUUUGUCAGCAAUUGGGCUGGGGGAAUGCGAAGUGUCCUGCAGUGCUUUUGUUGAGUUUGUGAAGAUGUGUGGGGGCCGCCUGUCUCAGCUGUCCAUUAUGGAGGAAGUGUUAAUUCCUGACCAGAAGUAUAGUUUGGAGCAGAUUCAUUGGGAAGUGUCUAAGCAUCUUGGCAGGGUGUGGUUUCCAGACAUGAUGCCUACUUGGUAAUGGUUGCAUGAUACAGGGCAUGAUGAAUAAAUAGUUCCUUAAUUUUAAGAAAAUGUAUUAUAAUAAAAGUUUAUUUGCUCUAGAUCUGAUGUAAUUCUACUAUUUUGUGGCACAGAAAUUUGGUAUCUUUGGUGAGCUUAUAUAAUGAAUGAUACUUGUCAGAAGACCUACAGUUUUAUGUUUGUUUAUGAUAGCUUAAUAGCAAUCAAAUGUUUAAAGAUUAAAAGAAAAUGUGGUUUCAUAUUUGAAGGUAAUAUUCAGUUACGAAAAUGAGACAAUUCAUAGUCUGAAGGAAACAACAUGUAUAUUCUAAUAUCUAAGAAGUGUACUAAUAUAGUUUUCUGAAAUGUUCUCUAUGCAUUUUUUUAAAAUGUAAACUUGACAUUUUAGGGUCUUCAGUUAUAAAUACACCUGUUAUAAGGUGUGUCAUAUAGCUCAGGAAAGUGAGCAUUUUGUGAGAGAAAUGUAUGAUAUAGUUCAUAAGAGGUUGGUUGAAUGUUUUCAGAUGUUAUGAACCUGUUUUAAAAAUAAAGAUAUAAGUAUAUAUACUACCCGAGUACACAGAACACUGAUAAAUGUUGCAGUGGCUAUUAAGGAUGGCCACAGAGCCAGGAUCAAAUCUAAAGAAAUGAGUGGAGUAGAAGAAAGGUAGUACUUAGCUUUGUAUACCCAUUAGCUGUACUGUGUAAUAUGCUAAACCAUGUGAGUUCUUUCUGUUAUGUUACUAAUGUUUGUGGUACCUGAGGUAUUGUAUGUAAAGGAAUGCUUUAAUCUCUCUCUUUUUUUUUUAAAUCUUUGUUUGAACUAGUUUUAAACUAUUACACAAUAAAUGAAAUUUUUACUUAAAAACUAAAUUGGAAAUUAAAAGUAGAACUUCCUAAAUUAUGUAUGAACAGUUUCAUGAAAGAAUAUUAGUCUCCAGUGAACUUUAAUGAUGGUUCAUGCUUUAACUUUGGAAUUAUAUAGCUUCGAUAAAUACAACUUUAAAAAUCAAAAGGAUUAUCUGUAUAGUUCAGAAACACUAAAUUUAAAAGAGGAUAUAU